AUGCACGCCGCGUCGGUCUUCGGCCGCCGGCUUCUGCUCGCGGCAUCUCUCGCGGCCCGCCCUGCGAUGCGGCCAACUCCAGCGGCGGUGGCGGCAACGCCGGCGCUCGAGUUCUCCACGUCGUCGAAUGGUCUGCAGUGGGCGGACGCAAAGGUCGGCAGCGGCACGGCGCCGCAGGCGCCGUGCCGCGUCGUGAUCGAUUACGUCAUGUCUACGACGGGUGCGAGGUACGGCGCCAAGAUCGAUUCGACAGCCGAGAGGCAGCAGCCGUAUGCGUGGGCGCUUGGCGACGGCUCGACCAUCCCGGGCCUCGAGCAGGCGGUCGCGGGCGGCGGCGGCGUGCCGCCGAUGUUGCCAGGCGGCGUCCGGCGCGCCAUCAUCCCCUCCUCUCUCGCGUACGAGGGACUCGCUCGCCCGCUGCCGGGGCUGCAGUACCAAGAGUGCGGCGGCGGCUUUGGGCCCAUCCCUCCGCGGGAGGUGCGGCCGGGCGACAUGGGUGAGGGCGCGUUCCAGCGCUUCAAAAACAUCUACUGCAACGCGAACCGGCCAUACCAGCCCGACCUCGUGAUGGACAUCAAGCUGUACGGGAAGCGAUAG